AUGGAGGUCAUUGUUCCUAAUUCUUUCCAGGAGACUCAGUCGGAUUUGGAGGUGAUCUUAGAGUUCCUGGAAGAGUACUACAAACAAACCACUGGAGAAAAUGUGGAUAAGGUGCACUGGACUGCAGACAAGGAAUCAUGUGAGCAGCGCUGGAUGUGUUAUGAGCCACUCAAUAUCAAACCUGCACUUCAGCCUUUGCUGGCACACGAUGGCCAACCAACUCUGAGCCAAAACACAACAGCAACAUUGUGUGAGCGUGGGUCACUGCCAAACUUUGUAUCAACAAGACAACCAACCAAACCCACACCAGUGGGGAGUGGUAGAAAGGUGCGACUCUUUCACUUCCUGUUUGAGAUGUUGGAGGAUCCCAACAUGGCCCACUGUGUGUACUGGGUGCCAGCAGCCGCCGGUGUCUUCCGCUUCUCCUCCACGAACAAGGACCAGGUGGCGGCCCUCUGGGGGCAGAGAAAGGGCAACAAGAGGCCAAUGACUUACCAGAAGAUGUCACGUGCCCUCAGGAACUACGCCCGGUCUGGAGAGAUCUUCAAGGUGAAGAAGAAGCUCACCUACCAGUUUGGCCGAGACACCCUGAUGUUACUGCAGAGGUGUCAUCGAGGAGAUUCGUAAUGUAGGCGGAAUUUUGUGCAGCUCAUAUCAUCUCAUAUAAAACACUGGUAAGACUUUAUAUGAAGGUACACAUAUUAACCAUUAACUGGAGGCUUAUUAGCAUGGAUAUUAGCAGCAUAUAACAUAUAAAGCACUAUUGAAUGUCUUAUCUUGUAUGACCCUAUUUAACAGCUAGGCCAU